UAUUAAGAAAUGGACUCGAAUAAAAGCAGAAAGGUUCGCUCAUAUACUCCAGGCAAUGCUAGGCUCAAAAGCAAGAAGGAACAGAUUAAGGUCAGUGUCAGGAUGAGACCCAUGCUUCAGCCAUAUGAAAGCGAUUCUAUCUGGCAUGUUGAUACUGAUAGUAAGCUGGUAUUCACUAAUCUCUCCAAAAAGCAGUUUAUGGAGCUUGAUAAUGGCUCUCCUUAUGCUAUGACUAAGGAUGGAAUUCGGAGUAGAAAACUAGUAGACCCUUCCCAAAACUUCUAUUUUAAUUUUGAUAAUGUAUUCGAUGAAAGUUCAACAACACCACAGAUUUAUCAUACAAUUGCUAGACCCAUCACGAAAGCAGCUUUAAAUGGAUAUAAUGGAUCUGUGUUUAUGUAUGGGCAGACAACAUCUGGCAAAACCUACACAAUGCUUGGAACACCCAAAUCACCAGGAAUACUUCCUUGCACUUUGAGAGAUAUAUUCACACAAGUGAAUAAAGACGUAGAGAAUACUUAUAAAAUUUAAGAUUUCAUACCUUGAAAUCUAUAAUGAGUCUAUCAAUGAUCUUCUAGUCCCUGGGUCUUCCAACUUAAAAAUCAAAGAUGAUAAAGAAUUCGGGGUCAAGGUAGUCGGUCUCAAAUCCCAGCAAGUCUGGACAUUUGAGCAAGCUCUUAUUCUGAUGAAUUAUGGAGAAGAACAUAGAGUUUAUAAGGAGACCAGCAUUCAUGACCAUUCUUCAAGGUCUCAUACAAUUUUCAGAAUCUAUGUGGAGUCAUCUCCAAAGAACAAGCAGGGAUUUAAAAAGACCUCGAUGCUAAAUCUGAUAGAUCUUGCUGGGUCUGAGAGGCUCAAUGAGUUUGAGCAUAGAAAAGAUACUCUUGGAGAGACUGGGCACAUCAACAAAUCACUUUUUAUUCUGUCCAAUGUGAUCAACAAACUUGCAGAGGGAAAGCAUUCCCAUAUUCCUUAUAGGGACUCUAAGCUAACCAGGAUUCUAUCAAUGGCUCUAGGAGGAAACUCUCUCACUGCUAUAAUUUGUACAGUAACGCCUGCAAGUGUGAAUCAUUACCAGACUUUGUCAACUUUGAGGUUUGCUACAAGAGCGAAAUCAGUGAAAAAUAAGCCAACAAUAAAUGCUCUGAAUCAUGGAAAUAACUCUGUAGAACUCUACAAGCGUCAGAUGAAUAAGUUGAAGAAGCAACUUGAAGAUAAGGACAAGGAGCUCACUUUCUAUGUCAAGCAAAAUGACGAGAUGCAAAAACACUUGGACAGUUUUCAAAAUAUCAACGAACACAUUUUGAGCCAGAUGAGUGCAAGAAAGUCGGAAAGUCCUCACUCGAUUCUAAAUGAUGAGUUUUACAACUCUGAAACUCCAAACAAGUCCCAAAAUGAUAGUAUCCGAGUAAAGGAGCUGCAGAAAGAAUUAGAUGUGUACAAAUCAAAGUGUGAUGAAUACGAAGAGAUCCAUCUACAAAGACAAAAGCAAGAUGCAUUCGAGACAAUGAUUGUAAACAUAGAAAAUUCAAUACAAGAAGAAGGAAACCAACGCCUUAUGAAUGGACAAAAGAGAAUAGCUUGGGAAAACGAAGCGGGCAUGCUGCUCUCACAAUAUCAGGAUGACUUGAAGGAGAUGCAUGACAAAUAUAUUCAACAGCUUUGAGUUUUAUACAGGAAAAACUUACCAAAAAUUCCAACAAUUGAUGAUCUUUUCUUAGACUAUAACCAAAAGAUGGAGUGAUAUUUGAACAUCGUCAAGCUAAACUCUUCUAAUGCUACUAUUGAGGAGCAAAACACUGAGCAAGAGCAAGACGAUGACGAAGAAGAUCAAAUCUCUCUCAAUGAAUUCGAGGAGAUUGAAGAGAGUGCGCUCAGAGUAUUGGAAGACAUACAAACUAAAAUGAUAUUUGAAGACAUUGUCAUUGAUUUCGGCAAUAUUCUAGACAAUAUUAAGCCUCAGGAAGAUCCACAAAAAGUUAAUAACAUGCUGGUUGCAUAUUAUGAAGAGAUUCAUGAAGUACUUCAGAAGAGACUUGAUGAAUGACAGGAUAUCAUAGAAGAAUAUAUGACUCAUUUAAUCGAGAACAAAAAGAGAGAUUUACAUGCUAAAAUGGAGAGUUAUACGAUGGGAGAGGAUAUCAAUGUAGAUCCAAAUAAAAUUUCUGACUUGACUAAGAACGAAAUAACUAAAAUUACUGAAGACCAUAAUUCAAAUUUAAAACAGCUUAGAAGACAAUAUGAUGAAUUUUUGAAAUCUGCAGAGGCAGAAUUCUUCCAAGUCCUAAAAAUGAUUAAAAUUAACACUGCAAGUGCAGCAGGCCAGUAUAAUAUGCACAAUCAUUCUGACCACUCUCAGAACGCACACUCUGAGAAUACAGUGACUCUUGGAACAGAAUCACCUGGUGAUAAGAAGUUAGCUCAAUCCCACUACCAGUCACAGUACUCAAGAUAUAAAAGUGAGAAUUCUUCCUCCAAGAAGAGUCAUGGAAGCUCCUAUGAAGUGUCCCAAACCGAAAACAGGCCUGAGUACGAAACAGGGGAGCUUGCAAAAGUAGCCAGAGAGUUCCUCGCUCAGCAAGAUAAAAACAAUGGAAUAUCAACCACUGGAGAGUCCGAUGGCAAGGAAAAACCGCUUACAUCCUCUGAUUCCAAUAUUGGAGGUCCUCUCAAUGGAAUUUAUGAUUACAAGCCGAACCAUACAGGUGACAAUAGGAUCAAAGUCAAUGAUCUGAUAAAUAAUGAGUAUGCAAGGCAAGGGGUCUCUGUAUUCGAUUUCAACUACAAACCAGGAGAUAAGGAAAAUGAAAGUGACAUCUCCUUCACAAGUAAUAUCGAAUACGUUGAUUAUAACAAGGAAGCAAUGGAAGGAGGAUAUCUGGGUCUCAGCGCGAACAAAAUAUCAAAAGGUAGCGAUCAUGAAUCUGCUAGCUCAUAUUAUGGAAGUACAAAGAAGCAUCUAGAGUACCCAGGCUAAAAGAGACAUGUAAUUAAUUCAGUAAUUUAUUUGAA